AUGCAAUCAACAGUGCUCAGAUUUCUUCAAGUGUCAGCAGAAAAUCGUCGAUCAUCAAAUGAUUUCGAGACAACUGUCUGGAUAACAGAUCCAGAUGUUGAAUUUCGUCGUGCAACAAUUCUUGAGGAACAUAAUGAUAAUGUUACUGUUGGUUAUCGUGAUGAAAAUGGUCAUUUCGAAAAGCGUAUCAUAUCAAAAACAGAAGUGAACUUACCAAGUGUAUCGUAUUUUGUGGAAGAUUUAUGUAAUUUAAGCGAAUUAAACGAUGCAUGCAUUCUUGAAGCUAUUCGUUCACGAUAUCAAGCACAACUUAUUCAUAGUAAUUCGGGUCUGUUUUGUGUUGUUGUUAAUCCAUGGAAGGAUAUACCAAUUUAUACGAAAGAAAUUAUGCAAGCAUAUAUGCAUACAAUUGAUAAGAAUUGUAAUUUACCACCUCAUGUAUAUGCUAUUGCACAAGCUGCUUAUGAUGGUCUUCUAAGUGGUAACAAUCAAUCAAUUUUGAUAAC